AUGUCAGUCCAGCCAGAAAAAAACAUCCUGACCCCGAGGCUGAGGCUCCCAGGGCUCCUCGGAGCAUGCGCAGAAGCGGCGCCUGCGCGGGGCGGGGUCCUUGGCCUGUGCGUCGCGCCAGCCCCGCCCCCGGGCGGCCGCUCCCGGAAGUGCGCCGUGGCGUGGCGGCCCGGGUCGGGCGCGGGGUCCUGGCGCGCUCUUGCGCGUGGUGGUGCCCGGUGCGGAUCCGCGGGCGCCCUGGAGCCCCCGGCCUCGGUCGCCGAGGCGGUGUCUUCGCUGACGAUCGCCGACGCGUUUGUCGCGGCGGGCGAGAGCCCCGGCCCGGCCCCGUCUCCCCCCACACCCCUGAGCAGGUUCAUCUGCUCCUUCCCCGACUGCAGCGCCAGUUACAACAAGGCCUGGAAGCUCGAAGCGCACCUGUGCAAACACACGGGGGAGAGACCAUUUGUUUGUGAUCAUGAAGGGUGCGGCAAGGCCUUUGUCAGGGAUUACCACCUGAGCCGCCACAGGCUGACUCACACUGGAGAAAAGCCCUUUGCGUGUAUAGCUAGUGGCUGUGAUCAAAAAUUCAACACAAAAUCAAACUUGAAGAAACAUGUUGAACGUAAGCAUGAAAAUCAGCAAAAACAAUAUGUAUGUAGUUUUGAAACUUGUAAAAAGACCUUUAAGAAACAUCAGCAACUGAAAAUCCACCAAUGCCAACAUACCAAUGAACCAGUAUUCAGGUGUACCCAGGAAGGAUGUGGGAAACACUUUUCCUCCCCCAGCAGUUUGAAACGCCACGGGAAGGUGCAUGAAGGUUAUGCAUGUCGAAAAGGAUGUUCCUUUGUAGCAAAAACGUGGACAGAACUUAUGAAACAUGUGAGAGAAACCCAUAAAGAGAAAAUAAUCUGUGAAGUGUGCCAAAAAACAUUUAAACGCAAAGAUUAUCUUAAGCAGCAUAUGAAAACUCAUGCCCCAGAAACAGCUGUCUAUCGAUGUCCAAGAGAAGGCUGUGAACGUACCUACACCACAGUGUUCAACCUUCAGAGCCACAUUCUCUCCUUCCAUGAGGAAAGUCGCCCGUUCAUGUGUGAGCAUGCCAACUGUGGCAAAACCUUUGCCAUGAAGCAAAGUCUCACCAGACAUGCAGUUGUGCAUGACCCUGACAAGAAGAAAAUGAAACUCCAAGUUAGAAAACCCUCUCGUGAAAAGCGGAGUCUGGCCUCUCACCUCAGUGGCUAUAUCCCUCCUAAAAGGAAACAGAAACAAGGCUCACCUUUACCUACAAGUAGUGAGUCUCUGAAUUGUAUUGAAGACAAGGUGCUCUCAACAGUCAGUGUACUUGCCCUCAACUAACCAUCAGGUUUCUUUGCUUAAGGGACACUAAUCAGUCAGGUCAGUUAUUUUUUUUUUCUCAGAACAUUUGUUUUUAUUAAAAUCACUGAUGCAGAACA